GGCCCCAACCCUUCCUGCCUUCAAGGACCGGACUGCAUGCCCAUCGAGGUGCCCGAGAACGACGAUUUCUACACGCAGUUCAACGUCACGAAGAUCGGCAUGAUGCGGACGUACCCGUGCAACAAGUGCGGAAAUGGCCCCGUGGACCAGCCGAACCAGCAAACAUCGUAUGCUGACCUGUCUCAAGUGUACGGUUACAACAGUCAAGUCACGACCGCCCUGCGAAAAUUCCGAAGUGGUCUCAUGCUGAGUCAGGAAAUUGGCGGCACCCAAUACAUGGCAGACAACCUUCUGCCUUACGCCGACAACUGCAGUCUCCCGGAACAGAACGCCUUUUGUUCGAGGGCAGGAGACGUCCGGGCCAACCAACAGGCUGGCAUACUAUCGAUGCAAACACUGUGGAUCAGGGAGCACAACCGCAUUGCCCGUCAGCUGACAUGCAUCAACCCUCAUUGGAACGAUGAGAGGCUUUUCCAGGUCACCAAGAGGAUCCUGGAGGGGCGUUACCAACACAUCCUCUUCUCGGAGUGGCUGCCGUGGCAACUGGGUCAAAAGGCGAUGGAGGAGUACGACCUGAGCGUUCGUAACAGGGGCCACACGUCUUACGACGACACGCUCGAUGCUACACUGAGCAACGAAUUCUCGUCGGCCCACUUUCGCUACGCACAUACCAACGUGCCUGGUGGAUACUGGAGGAUUGACCAGAAAGGACAAAACCUAACUAUUCUCAAACUGAAAGACGCCUACUUCGUGCCACUGAAUGACAGCUACCAUCCUGUAGACGACGUUCUCCGGGGAUCAGUUGAGCAGCCAAUGGAACCAUUCAACCGGUUUGGUGACCAUGGCGUCACGCAUUAUCUCUUCCGGAAGGCCUGGCUUCCAUACGGCGAUGACCUGUUUGCCAUCGACAUUCAGAGAGCCCGAGACCACGGCGUUCGACCUUACGUUGACUGGGUUCGGGAGUGCCAGAACAUCACCAUCACCAAUUUCGAUGACCUCAGCCAGGUGAUGCCCGCGGAGACGGCCCAGCUUUACGAGCAAGUCUACGAGGAUGUUCGAGACAUCGAUCUUGUUUCGGGAGCUCUAUCGGAGACACGCCUCGAUGGAGCAGAGCUUGGUGCCACCUUCGCCUGCGGUGUGGCCAGGCAGUUUCGCCUACUGAAAUACGCCGACAGGUUUUACUACGAGCAUGCCAACCAAUCAGGUUCCUUUAAUGAAGAUCAAUUGGCUACCAUUCGGAAAACCACACUGACGAAGAUUCUCUGCGAAAAUGUCUCAGGAAUGGACGCCGUCGCAACUAAUCGAAAUGCCUUCUUGCGCCCCACAACUGAAAAUGAUACAGUAAUGUGCAGUGACCUACCAGAUAUCGAUCUCACCAGAUGGAAGGAAGAACAUGAGAGCGGAGAACACAGUAGCGAAGCUAACUGCUCAAGCAUGCCGACGAAAAUGUAAGAUGUGUAUCUUAAAGAGGACAUGCUUCUUGACACCGGGAAUGUUACGCAUGCAACAUGCUACAAGCUGAGCGCCUGCCAAUAAAACGCGCAUUUUCCUCUUA